CGGAGGUCGGGGCUUGAGGUUCGAGCUGGGGGCCAAGUCUCCUCGGGGCCGUCUCGGGUCUCCUGGACAUGGUGAGACCCGAGGCGAGCGGAGAGAACGGAGGUGCGGGUCUAGGAACUCCCAAAGCCGCGGUGCAGGAACAGGGCGGGGAGUGCCCUGCGAGGGGAGGAGGGGAAAGGGCCGAGAGCACGGGGGCCAAGGUUAGGGGGUGUGACUCGAGGCAGAAGAGGCUCUUUGUGCCGCAGAGCGGAGGAGGGGCCUUUGGAGCCGCCCACUCUCGGGCAGAGCUGUGCUGGGGGCGUGUAUGGGGGUAUCCGAGACACAGAAGUGGGGCAAAGUGGCCGGGCAUUCUGGGAUCUACUCACAGACUCCAGCUCCCACUACCUCCAGAAAAAAAGGAGAAAAGAUCAGACUUCAGCAGGACCUAGUUUGGAUUGAGGUCGCGCGCCCCCAAAUCGUGGGGCGUCAGUGUGUAAGGUGGGUGAGGCAGGAGGAGGGGAGCGGUCUGUGCGACGGUGGGAACUCCCAGCUCGCCCAACGCAGCUUGGGUUUCAGGUUCAGCACCUUGGACAGCCACAUCACUCCUUCCCCGCCUCUUCUCCCGCCAUUCCCUCUUCCCACUCUGGAACCCAGAGAUUCCCCGCCCUCACCUCCCCCAACCCCGCCAUUCCCUCGGGAACCCUGGCCGGGAUCUGGAUGGUGGGGGAGCGGUACCCGAGGGCGGAAACUGAGCCGCGGGGCCCUACCCUCUUCCCCCCCACCUUGUUUCCAUAGCGCCCAUCACCGGGGCAACAGGCCCUGGGAUGGAAGAAGGAGGCUGUGCCCAGAGCCCAGUGCCUCCCAGGCACCUUCAGUGUCCCCAUCAGCCUCCCUGCCCCCAGACAGUCAUCCCUCCUAGAGCACCAGGACUGGUUGUGUCACAGGCCCCAUCUCUUAGCUGAGUCUCUGUCCCUGGAUGGCCCACAGGAGUCCCCCUGGCCUCCCACCCACUGGAGCUGGAGGGAGACAGCUCGGGUUCUGCUGCUGGGGGUUGCUGGAGCUAUACGCUCAAUGCCCUCUCCCAUUAGACUUUGAGCAGUGGGGCAGAUCCCCUGAAAGCAGCUACAAGAAUGCUAAAAAGUGGACCUUCUCUGGAAGGCAGGGAAGGAGGACAGCACUCAUCACUGUCUGCCCCCACACUAAGGAGAUCUACAGCAACUUCCUGCUGGCCAACGCACAGGGCACACGGGGCUUUCCCAUCGUCUACUGCUCCGACGGCUUCUGCGAGCUCACAGGCUACGGUCGCACCGAGGUCAUGCAGAAGACCUGCAGCUGCCGUUUCCUCUACGGCCCAGAGACCAGUGAGCCAGCCCUGCAGCGUCUGCACAAAGCCCUGGAGGGCCACCAGGAGCACCGGGCUGAAAUCUGCUUCUACCGCAAGGAUGGCUCAGCCUUUUGGUGCCUCCUGGACAUGAUGCCCAUCAAGAAUGAGAUGGGGGAGGUCGUGCUGUUCCUCUUUUCCUUCAAGGAUAUCACUCAGAGUGGAAGCCCAGGACUUGGCCCCCAAGGAGGCCGCGGGGACAGUAAUCACGAAAACUCCCUUGGUAGAAGGGGAGCCACCUGGAAAUUUCGGUCUGCCAGAAGACGGAGCCGUACUGUCCUACACCGACUGACCGGCCACUUUGGCCGCCGGGGCCAGGGAGGCAUGAAGGCCAAUAAUAACGUGUUUGAGCCAAAGCCAUCAGUGCCCGAGUACAAGGUGGCCUCCGUGGGGGGGUCUCGCUGCCUCCUCCUCCACUACAGCGUCCCCAAGGCCAUCUGGGACGGCCUUAUCCUCCUUGCCACCUUCUACGUUGCGGUCACCGUCCCCUACAAUGUCUGUUUCUCGGGUGACGAUGACACCCCCAUCACUUCGCGACACACCCUUGUCAGCGACAUCGCCGUGGAAAUGCUCUUCAUCCUAGAUAUCAUCCUGAACUUCCGCACCACCUAUGUGUCCCAGUCCGGCCAGGUAAUCUCUGCUCCUCGUUCCAUUGGCCUCCACUAUCUGGCCACCUGGUUCUUCGUCGACCUUAUUGCUGCUCUGCCCUUUGACCUGCUUUACAUCUUCAACAUCACCGUGACCUCGCUGGUGCACCUACUGAAGACAGUGCGGCUGUUGCGGCUGCUGCGGCUGCUGCAGAAGCUGGAGCGGUACUCUCAGUGCAGUGCUGUGGUGCUCACGCUGCUCAUGUCGGUCUUUGCGCUCCUUGCCCACUGGAUGGCCUGCAUCUGGUAUGUCAUCGGGCGCCGGGAGAUGGAGGCCAAUGACCCGCUGCUCUGGGACAUUGGCUGGUUGCAUGAGCUGGGCAAGCGUCUGGAGGUGCCCUAUGUCAAUGGCUCGGUGGGUGGCCCAUCGCGGCGCAGCGCCUACAUCGCGGCACUGUACUUCACUCUAAGCAGCCUCACCAGUGUGGGCUUUGGCAACGUGUGUGCCAACACCGACGCCGAGAAGAUCUUCUCCAUCUGCACAAUGCUCAUAGGCGCCCUGAUGCACGCUGUGGUGUUCGGGAACGUGACAGCCAUCAUCCAGCGCAUGUACUCGCGCCGCUCGCUCUACCACAGCCGCAUGAAGGACCUCAAGGACUUCAUCCGUGUGCACCGCCUGCCGCGGCCGCUCAAGCAGCGCAUGCUCGAAUACUUCCAGACCACGUGGGCCGUCAACAGCGGCAUCGACGCCAACGAGUUACUGCGUGACUUCCCAGACGAGCUGAGAGCUGACAUUGCUAUGCACCUGAAUCGGGAGAUCCUGCAGCUGCCGUUGUUCGGGGCAGCGAGCAGGGGCUGCCUGCGGGCCCUAUCGCUGCACAUCAAGACCUCGUUCUGCGCUCCGGGCGAGUACCUGUUGCGCCGUGGGGAUGCCCUGCAGGCACAUUACUAUGUCUGCUCCGGCUCGCUUGAGGUGCUCCGAGACAACAUGGUGCUGGCCAUCCUGGGGAAGGGGGACCUGAUUGGAGCAGAUAUCCCUGAGCCGGGGCAGGAGCCUGGGUUGGGAGCAGACCCAAGCUUCGUGCUAAAGACCAGCGCUGAUGUGAAAGCUCUGACCUACUGUGGCCUGCAGCAGCUGAGCAGCCGAGGGCUGGCUGAGGUCCUGAGGCUCUAUCCUGAGUAUGGGGCUGCCUUCCGGGCUGGCCUGCCCCGGGACCUCACCUUCAACCUGCGCCAGGGCUCUGACACCAGUGGCCUCAGCCGCUUUUCCCGAUCCCCUCGACUCUCCCAGCCCCGCUCAGAAAGCCUCGGCUCCUCCUCAGACAAGACGCUGCCAUCCAUCACAGAGGCCGAGAGUGGCGCGGAGCCUGGGGGUGGUCCCAGGCCCCGACGGCCCCUCCUGCUGCCCAACCUCAGCCCAGCACGGCCUCGGGGCUCCCUGGUCAGCCUUUUGGGCGAGGAGCUGCCCCCAUUCUCAGCCCUUGUCUCCUCUCCUUCCUUGUCCCCAUCCCUGUCCCCUGCCCUGGCUGGCCAGGGCCACAGUGCCUCCCCUCAUGGCCCCCCCAGGUGCUCUGCUGCCUGGAAGCCCCCUCAGCUUCUCAUUCCCCCACUGGGAACCUUUGGACCUCCGGACCUCAGUCCCCGGAUAGUGGAUGGCAUUGAGGACUCUGGCAGCACAGCUGAGGCCCCUUCAUUCCGGUUCAGCAGGAGGCCUGAACUGCCAAGGCCCCGCUCCCAUGCACCCCCUACAGGGACCGGGCCCAGCCCAGAACUGGCCAGUGAGGCUGAGGAGGUGAAGGAAAAGGUUUGCCGGCUGAACCAGGAGAUCUCUCGUCUCAAUCAGGAGGUGUCUCAGCUUAGCCGGGAGCUGCGGCACAUCAUGGGCCUGCUGCAGGCCAGGCUGGGUCCCCCAGGCCACCCAGCAGGCUCCGCUUGGACCCCAGACCCUCCUUGUCCACAGCUGAGGCCACCAUGCCUCUCUCCUUGUGCGUCCAGACCACCACCCAGCCUCCAGGAUACUACGCUUGCUGAAGUUCACUGCCCAGCCAGUGUGGGGACCAUGGAGACAGGGACUGCGCUCCUGGACUUGAGACCUUCCAUAUUGCCCCCCUACCCCUCAGAGCCUGACCCUCUGGGACCCUCUCCGGUGCCAGAGGCCUCACCCCCAACCCCAAGCCUCUUGAGGCACAGUUUCCAGUCCAGGUCAGACACGUUCCACUGACCCUGGCCCAGGGCCCAGGCCUGUCUGGGGUGGGUGCUGCCGCUCACCACUCAGGGAGGACCUGGGCCCCUUGGCUUCCCGCCUUGGGGUCAGCAGCCACCAGCUGGCCUGGUUGGCUCUGGAUUUCUGGACUUUUUAAUGAAGCGUGGUUACCUCUGACGCUAUUCCCUUUUCCAAGCCUUCCCCAACCUCCCCCUCUGUGAGGGGAGCCACCUGAGGGCUGUGGAACCCAGCAGGCAUGAGAUGAACCGCAGUGCCCAUUGGGCUGGGCAGAUGAGAUCCUACUUUCUCCCCAGGACCUGGAGGCAGGUAGAGAUGGGGGAGCAGAGGGGAUGGCAAGGGACCCAGCUCCAGCCUAGGACAUGAAGGGAAGACCAGACAGGAUCUUAGCGUCUAUAGCAAGAGAGACAGGUUGUAGGAUUUUGCCUGAAGAUAGCUUAGUGAUAUUGUGAGGUCUUCUGUCUCAGCCCCUGGGUCUCUGCAGAAGACCUUAAGAGCAAUGUUACCUAGAGAGGGGUAGGUUUGAGAUGUUGCUUGGAAUUUGAGCAACCCAUGAUUUCUUAGGCCGCCCACCAUGAGCCCAGGCUGGAGAGGCUCACCUCAUCCCACAGCCCACACAGGAAACAAACGGAUGGCUCCAGAUAUGUACUCUUCGGCUCUCACAGCAUUAUUUUCAAAAUAUGAGUUAGUUCCAAUAUUAAAAAUGAGACAGGGCCAGGUGCGGUGGCUCACGCCUGUAAUCCUAGCACUUUGGGAGGCCAAGGCAGGCGGAUCACCUGAGGUCAGGAGUUCGACACCAGCCUGACCAACAUGCAGAAACCUCGUCUCUACUAAAAAUACGAAAUUAGCCGGGCAUGGUGGCACAUGCCUGUAAUCGCAGCUACUCGGGAGGCUGAGGCAGGAGAAUCACUUGAAUCCGGGAGGCGGAGGUUGCAGUGAGCCAAGAUCGCACCACUGCACUCCAGCCUGGGCGACAGAGUGAGACUCUGUCUCAAAAAAAAAAAAAAAAAAAGAGACAGGUUAUAUAGGAAUACAGAUAUUCCAAUUUCUCUACAAAAUGUAGCACUGGGCACAGUGGUUCAUGCCUGUAAUCCCAGCCCUUUGGGAGGCCGAGGUGGGAGGAUCGCUUGAGCCCAUGAGUUUGAGAUCCACCUGAGCAACAUAGUGAGACCCUAUCUCUAUAAAAAAAAAAAAUAUAUAUAUAUAUUUUUUUUUAUAGACGGAGUCUCACUCUGUCACCCAGGCUGGAAUGCAGUGGUGCAAUCUCGGCUCACUGCAAGCUCCGCCUCCCGGGUUCAUGCCAUUCUCCUGCCUCAGCCUCCCAAGUAGCUGGGACUACAGGUGCCCGCCACCACACCCGGCUAAUUUUUUUGUAUCUUUAGUAGAGACGGGGUUUCACCAUGUUAGCCAGGAUGGUCUCGAUCUCCUGACCUCAUGAUCCGCCUGCCUCGUCCUCCCAAAGUGCUGGGAUUACAAGUGUCAGCCACCGCACCCAGCCUAUAAAAAUAUUUUUUUUUUUUUUUUGAGAUGGAGUCUCACUCUGUCGCCCAGGCUGGAGUGCAGUGGCGCAAUCUCGGCUCACUGCAAACUCCGCCUCCCGGGUUCACGCCAUUCUCCUGCCUCAGCCUCCCGAGUAGCUGGGACUACCGGCGCCUGCCACCACGCCCGGCUAAUUUUUUUGUAUCUUUAGUAGAGACGGGGUUUCACCAUGUUAGCCAGGAUGGUCUCGAUCUCCUGACCUCAUGAUUCGCCUGCUUCGGCCUCCCAAAGUGCUGGGAUUAUUUUGAAAAAUAUUUUUCAAAAUAUUUUUCAAAUUAGCCAGGUGUAGGCUGGGCAUGGUGGCUCACGCCUGUAAUCCCAGCACUUUGGGAGGCUGAGGCAGGUGGAUUACCUGAGGUCUGGAGUUCGAGACCAGCCUGACCAACAUGGAGAAACCCCAUCUCUACUAAAAAUACAAACAUUAGCUGGGAUGGUGGUGCAUGCCUGUAAUCCCAGCUUCUCAGGAGGCUGAGGCAGGAGAAUCGCUUGAACCUGGGAGGUGGAGGUUGCAGUGAGCCGAGAUCGUGCCAUUGCUCUCAAGUCUGGGCAAUAAGAGUGAAACUCCACCUCAAAAAUAAAUAAAUAAAUAAAUAAAAAUUAGCCAGGUGUAGUGGUGAGUGCCUGUGGUUCCAGUUACUCCAGAAGCUGAGGUGGAAGGAUGACUUGAAUCCAGGAGUUCAAGACCAGCCUGGGCAACAUAGCAAGACACCUCCCCACCCCACCCCCACCCAUCUCUAUACAAAUUAAAAAAUUAGCCAGGUGUAGUGGUGUGUGCCUGUGGUCCCAGCUACUCUGGAAGCUGAGCUGGGAGGAUCUCUUGAGCCCAGGAGGUUGAGGCUGCAGUGAGCAGUGAUCACACCACUGCACUCCAGCCUGGGUGACAGAGUGAGACCCUGCUCAAAAAAACAAAACAAAACAAAACAAACCUCAGGACAUCAGGCUACCGUGGGCCAACAUUCCAUCUGGCAAUAAUUGGCAAUCAGCUGGGCUGGGUGGCCACUGUCAUCUUUAGAUGGGAUCUGCUCUGCACUCUACUUUGCAGUCACCACGUUUCUUGAUCAUCUCCCGACACCCAGCUAGCUUCCCUUGUUUGAAAUUUUUGUCUGGUCUCUGUGGGUAUUUGAGUUCUCAAAACUUGAGUGUCCAUCGGAACUACCUGAGAUCCUAUUAAAACGCAGAUUCUGCCAGGCGCGGAGGCUCAAAAAAGUAAAAAAAUAAAAAGCAGAUUCCUGGGCCUCAUCCAAUUUGGAAUGUCCGGGGUGGAGCCCAGGGGUUGAGUUUGCGACCCCUGCCUUACCUAACAGUGUGUUCCCAGGUCCCUGUGCCCAACAGGUGCGUUUUGGGCCCAGUAAUGUCUGCUUCUACUCCUAGGCGUGGGUCUGUCAACAUCUCUGUUUCUGUCUCUCUGCAGGCUGUCUCUCAAGGUGGUCUCUUCUGCUGCUAGCAACUCAAAAAUCCCAACAGCACUCCCUAUCCUUUCCCUGACCCCAGACCGCUGCCAAGCCUGUUCUCCCCCAUUACAACAUGGUCUCACUCAGGGCCUGGACUGCUCCAAAACUCGCCCAGGUCUCCAGCUCUCCUCUACCACCCAACACCCUGGGCUCACUUUUGGAUAGGAAAUAAACUCUUUAUUUUUGUA